AUGGCGACUGACAAUCAGCUCGAGCCUGAAAAAACAAUAAAACGACGUAAAAAGUGCUCGACAAUAUCCAACAGUGCAUUCGAUGCUGAAGUACAGGAUCUCAUUCGACAAUGGGAAGACUUAUCCAAUGAAAUCAGUACAUUCGAACAGGAACAUCAGAAAUAUCUAACUCAAUUAGAAACAGUUGAAAAACUCAAAAAGGAACAUCGACUUGAAUUUAAUAAACUCGAAAAAAAGAUUCAACGUCUAAAUGAAGCCAUCGACGUGCAUCAAUCGUUAAUCGUUGUGGCCGAUAACGGCAAGCAAUUGGAUAAAUCUGAUUUGUUACGCAUUCGUCGUGAGAGUGAAAGGACAAAAGAAACACCCGAAGAACGUCUUAUUCGUUUAAGUACAAUUCGUGAACAUCUAAUUAAACAACGAUCGGAUUAUUUAAAACGAAUUCAAUACACAUUACCACAACCACCCGAGAUUUACCUACGUAUUAUUCUUGGAAGUCAACUACCGGUUUCGAUUUUGGAUAAAUCUGAACAGUUGAAAUACAAAGAAAGUUAUGAACAAUUCAAAUUACGUGUAACUUUGAUUCUUAUGAUUCUAUCAUUCCUGAUGACUACGAUAAUGCCAGUGAAUCGUGCAUUAGACGCUCUUUACCAUUUUCUGCUAGUUUGGUAUUAUUGUACAUUAACAAUUCGCGAGUCAAUCCUGGUUGUUAAUGGUUCAAAAAUACAAUUCUGGUGGCGUUUACACCAUUUUAUUUCGACAGCUUUAACAUGUAUUGUUUUGAUUUGGCCAGCAGCUAAAUCCUAUAAAAUCUUUCGGCAACAACAUUAUCUAUUCAAUCUAUACAUGACUUGUGUACAAGUACUUUUAUAUUAUUAUCAACGAGGUCUUCUUUAUCGUUUACGAGCAUUGGGAGAUUCCGAUGAAUUGCAAAUCUCUAUUGGAGGAUUUCAAUCGUGGAUGCUCCGUGGUCUUUCAUUUCUUGCACCAUUUCUCGUCAUUGGAUAUAUGUUCGAGUUAUACAAUGCAUAUCUUCUCUUUAAGAUUUCAAUGGAUCCAAAAAGUGAACCGAAUCCUGAUUGGCAGUUUAUGUUGAAGGUUCUAUCGGCAAUAUUUUUCACUUUAUUCUUAGGAAACUCGAUUACGAUGUAUCUGGUCAUUCGACGAAAGAUUCGUGAACGUAUUCAUGAUAUUCAAUGGUUACAACAUCGAUAUGAAAGUGUGAAAACAUUGAUCAAUCGUGUACGAUCAGUUACUUCGUUUUAA